AUGGGUAUCUCUCGUGACUCUCGGCAUAAGCGCUCCCACACCGGUGCCAAGCGGGCUUUCUACCGGAAGAAGAGAGCCUUCGAGCUUGGUCGCCAGCCCGCCAACACCCGUAUCGGUGCCAAGCGCAUCCACACCGUCCGCACCCGCGGUGGUAACCACAAGUACCGCGCUCUUCGUCUCGACUCUGGUAACUUUGCCUGGGCUUCCGAGGGUACCACCCGCAAGACCCGUGUCAUCGUUGUCGCCUACCACCCUUCCAACAACGAGCUUGUCCGCACCAACACCCUGACCAAGUCCGCCGUCGUCCAGAUCGAUGCCGCUCCUUUCCGUCAGUGGUACGAGGCCCACUAUGGCCAGCCCCUCGGCCGUAGACGCCAGCAGAAGCAGGGUCAGACCGUUGAGGAGGUGAAGAAGUCCAAGUCUGUUGAGAAGAAGCAGGCUGCCCGCUUCGCCGCCGGUGGCAAGGUCGACCCCGCUCUCGAGAAGCAGUUCGAGGCCGGUCGUCUCUACGCCGUCAUCGCCUCCCGCCCCGGCCAGUCCGGCCGUGCCGAUGGCUACAUCCUCGAGGGUGAGGAGCUCGCUUUCUACCAGCGCAAGAUCCACCACAAGUAA